AUGGCUGCUGCACUCAAGAAUGAUAGUUUUGUGCUUUAUGCUCUUGCAGCUAAAGAAAGCGAAGCGGUUGAUGGUCUUGCUUCCCCAACCAUCAUGAUAGAGGAUAUUAUCAAGGUCAUUAGAGUAGAUGAAAAGGGCGAGUUAGUUGAAACUCAUGAUGAAAUUGCUAAAUCCAAUGAUGAAUUUGGAGAAAAUGGUAGUCCAGCCUUGCCUUCCUCUCAAGGUUAUGAAUUCUUGGAUAAAAAUAAGGAACACGAUGCUACUAUUCCUCUCCCCACUUUUACUGCUACUUCGACCCUGAAUGAGGAUACCUCUUUCAUUUCUAGCUCAACUACUUAUGAAAAAGAAAAAGCUGAUCUAUCUACACAUAUAGAUCAUGAAAGUACCUCAACAACAAUAAAUGCUCCUAUAGCUAUAGCUACCAAUUGUAAAACUCAAGGGCAAGUUGCUGUAACCUAUGGUGAAGGACCUAGCGACGCUACGGCAAAAAUCGUUCGUCAAUUGAACCAGGCAGAUGCACGUGCCAAUUUUUUUGUUAACGCAACAUGGUUAUCUAUGCAGCAAUAUGCACUCGUUGUCCAAAAUACAUAUAAUGCAGGCCACUUUAUUGGCAUGAUGUAUCGCGUUCCUGGCGACGAUUCGAAUCAAUUAACAGAUGAAGAACUCCGACAGGACAUUCUUAAUAACGCUUAUGCAAUCGAGACCGUCAUCCAGGUUGCCCCUAAAUACGUUCGUCUUCAUUAUACUGAGAAAAGAGAUAGUCGUACAGAAGAUAUAUUAAACAAACUUGGAUUUGUUCUUGUGGGUUAUAAUUUAGAUAGCCAAGAUUAUAAUAAGAAAGAUGUCAAGACAGGUGCUGGCUCUAUACAAGAUGUUUAUUCACAGACAUUUAAAAAAUACAAGGAUACGUAUGAUUCGAAAGGUUCAUUUAUUGCUGUACAAUAUGAUUUGCCCUAUACUGGUUCCUUGGAUGCUGUACCUUAUAUCGUGAAUACAAUUGCUGAGGAAGGCUAUACGAUGGUUCGCUUGGAUGGAUGUCUUAAAGAUCCCAUUCCUUAUAAAAAAUCUGCUAAUAGUACUAUGGAAUAUGUCUCUGAUAAAUUUUCUUUUAAACAAGCUGGAUACCAUCAAGGUCAAAAGCCAAUUGUUCUCAGUACAACUAUUAAUAUUCCUAAAGAUGAUGAUGUUAAGAUGAUUGCACAAAAUAUAGAAAAUAGAGCAUAUACUUCUACAAUCUCUCUAUUACAUGUUACACUUAUUGCUGCUACUAUUGGUAUCCUAUUUACACUAUUUUUGUAA